AUGUCAGCCCAUAGAAGAACGUCUGACUGGCAAGACAAGCCGGCAAAGGAUCUCGACCCUGAGGCUGAGCCCGUCGAGGAGAGCGAAGACGAGAGCGGCAGUGAAGAAAGCGCAGACGAGAAUGCGGGCACCGAGCACUAUGUCACAGUUGGCAAGAGUAAGCUCCGGGAAAAGGAAGGCGUCUCUCUGGGUCCGAAUUACCGCGGCGCCCGCGUCAGCCGCGAUGCGCUGAACGACUCGAGCAACGAUGAUGACAGCGAAAUAUUCGAGGAUGCGCAGGAGGACCUGGAUUCGGAUGGUGAGGAGUAUGACGAUCCCGACGCCGCCGACCUGGCUGCCGACGAAGCAGCCGCCGGAGACGAAGACAUCGAGAUCUCAAGCGACGACGCCCUUGGCGAGAGCGAUGAUGAGAAGCUUGAUGGCUUUGUGUUCCGCGGCAGCUCACAGCCCAAGGACAAGAAGGGAGGUCGAAGCAAGAGGCCCACUGCUGCCGACUUCAUCUCCGACGACGAGGGUGAUGGUGCGGCGCUGGACGACAACGACGACGACGAUGAGAUGGAUGACUCGGAAGAUGACAACGAGGGUCUGACGGAUGGGCUCGACGGGUCAGAUGAAGACGAGGAAGAUGAAUUGGGCUCGGAAGAAGAAUCUGAAGAAGAUUCCGAACAAGCUUCAGACGAAGAUGACGAAGAUGACAAGCCUCGCGGCAAGUCCUCGAAAGCCGAUGCCAGAGCCGAACAGCGAAGGCUCAUGAACGAAGGCUCAAAAGCCCUCGCCGCCUCAAUCUCGGCUGCCGCGCAGCAAGACGCCCAAAAGGGUCUCGCCGUCCGCGAGCAGCGCAAGACGUUCGACGGCCUCCUCAACAUCCGCAUAAGGCUGCAAAAGGCCCUCGUCGCCACAAACUCCUUCUCCACCGUCGAAGUCGAGGACGAAGGAGAGGAGGAAGAGCAAAACUCUGAACCGUACGAGGCGGCCGAGGAAGCGGCGCUGAAGCUGCUCAACACCCUCGACAGUUUCCGCGCCAGUCUGCUCCCCGCAGAGCUGCAGCAGACCGGCGGGAAGCGCAAGAGGGGUGACGCAUUUGACGCCGCGACCUCGAGUCAGGAGAUCUGGGAGGGCAUCCAGCAGGCCGAGGAGCGCGCGGCAAAGUACCGCAAGAAAGUCCUAGAGACGUGGUCCAGCAAGACGCGCAGCGCCAUCGUGGAGGUGAAAUCGCGCAACCUUGUCUCAUCGCAGACGUCCAUCGUCGCCUCCCUCGAGGAGCAGCUCCUCGGCACCGACCGCCUCAUCAAGCGCACGCGCACCCCGCGCUCCUGCGCGCCGGCGCAGGUCGCGCGCAAGGUCAACGAGGACCCCGAGAUCUACGACGACGCCGACUUCUACCAGCUUCUCCUCAAGGAGCUCGUCGAGCAACGCACCACGGAUAGCGGUAAUGGCGUUGCGGCGCAGCCCACAGUGCGGUGGGCGGCGAUGAAGGAGGCAAAGACCAAGAAGCACGUCGACAGGCGCGCUAGCAAGGGCCGCAAGAUGCGCUUCAACAUCCACGAGAAGCUGCAGAACUUCAUGGCGGCCGAGGAUCGGAGGGCGUGGGAGCAGGAGGCGGUCGACCGGCUGUUUGGCACGCUGUUUGGUCAGAAGAUGGAGCUCGGCGAGCAGGCCUCAGAUGCGGAGAUGGAGGACGACGAGGAGGUUGAUGCCGAGGAGGCUGGUCUGCGGUUGUUCCGCAACUAG